GUCACUGCCGAAACAAGAAAAAGCCUCGCGAGGUACCUGAUGCUCGGAGUUGGACCUGCCGGAAUCGAACCGACGAACUUGCGACCACUUUGACUUGACCACGAUGUCGCACGAUGGGCAACAAAAGAGCAGCUCUUUGACACUGGUGCUAAUGAUUGCUUCUGCAGCCAUUGGAGGAACUCUUCAAUAUGGAUACAACUUGGCCAUCAUGAAUGCACCCACUACUUUCAUACAGACCUUCAUCAACGAGACCUUCGUGGAGCGCUGGGCCAUCCAGCUGGAGAACUACCAGGUGACUCUGGUUUGGACCAUCAUCGUCUCCAUCUUCUCAUUAGGCGGCCUUGUGGGGGCUAUCAUCGCGGGGCCCAUGUCCAUUCGCUUCGGGAGGAAAAAAUGUCUGCUGCUCAACAACAUUUUCCUCUUAAGCGGUGCCCUCUUGGCUUUGACAAGUCGAGCCGCCGCAUCGGUUGAAAUGAUUAUCCUGUCACGUGUCCUUGGAAUAAAUGCAGGAAUCAGCAUGAAUGUGCAACCUAUGUAUUUUGGAGAAAGCGCACCGAAGCAUCUUAGGGGGGCUGUGUCCUUGUCCUGUGCAGUUUUUACAUCUUUUGGUGUCGUGUUAGGACAAGUGGUGGGACUCAGAGAGAUUUUGGGCAGUGAGUCGUGCUGGCAGUAUCUUCUGGCAAGUAACGCCAUUCCCGGCUUGAUUCAGCUCCUUACCCUGCCCUGGUUCCCGGAAAGCCCCAGAUACUUACUCAUUGACAGGGGGGACAAAGAGGCCUGCAUCAGUGCUCUACGGCGGCUGCGUGGUUGCGAGGUGCAGAGCAGCGAACUGGCUGAAAUCCUGCAGGAACAGGCCGAAACUAAAGGCAUGAGGCCCAGGCGGCCUUGGGAGCUUUUUCGUGACCGCUCGGUGCGCUGGCAGCUCGUCACCGUCAUGGUCAUCAGCAGCGCCAUGCAGCUGUGUGGCAACGACUCGAUCUACUUUUAUGCAUCGUAUGUGUUUAAAGAGGCUGGAAUAUCGACUGAACAAAUCCAGUAUGUCACAAUUGGCACGGGCACGUGUGAAUUCACAGCCUGCAUCAUGUGUAACCUGCUGAUUGAGCGGAAAGGUCGGCGGUUCAUGCUGAUGGGAGGCUUCAUCCUCAUGACUGUCUGGGCUGUUGUCUUCACCAUUGCUUUGUCUUUGGAGCACUUAAUACCCUGGAUGCCUUACCUGAGCAUGGCCUGUAUCUUCACCUACAUCCUCAGCUUCGGCAUGGGACCAGCUGGUGUGACCGGAGUACUGCCCACGGAGAUCUUCAAUCAAACUGCUCGGCCGGCGGCCUACAUGAUCGCCGGCUCGAUGAUGUGGCUUAACCUCUUCAUUGUGGGAAUGAUCUUUCCAUUUUUAGUGAGUGCGAUGCGGCAGUAUUGUUUCGUGCCUUUCGCGACAGUGUGUCUGAUCUCUGCACUGUACGUCGCCCUGGUCCUGCCGGAGACCAAGGGCAAGUCGUUGUCAGCCAUCACCGGCGAAUUCCACAAACUCAACUUCAAAAACAAGGAGGGAGCGCACAGCGGUCAGAUUCAGUAUCAGCUGGGUGAAGUGUGCACAUCCACUGCCUUGUAGAAAGAAGCCUGCUGUCACCACACCCAACUUUAGUCUCAUAGAACUUUGUAUUUUCACUUAUUUGCACUUUGAUUCAAAUGCCACGAAUGUUCAGCUAACUCUACAGCAGGAAUAAAUAUUUGUGUGUAAAUGUACAAGUGAGACCUCCAAAUGAUAUUGGAUGGUGGUGUGAAGGACAGGGCUUGUCAUACAGAGGAAUGUUUCCUUACAUUUUUUGGUCCAGAUAAUAACUUUUGUACCAAUUAAGUGAAAUUGGAUGAUUUCCUCGGGCACAUAAUUUAUUGUGUGUGCAUCAUCCAGAAUUACACUGCAAAUGUUCGCACACCAUUCAUUUCAGUGAUGACCGAAUAUCACGAGCUUGUGGUUUACACACAUUUUAAAAUAUGUUUAUUUAUCUCAUCAUGUGUUCUGCUUUGUGUUUUCAACAAAAGCCAAUUAAAUAUAUAUUGUGUUA